CCUCUCAUGCUCACAGCCACAUAUUUCUGUCACAGUCGUGCUUUUUCACAAUCAGGCAAUGGAGGAAACAGAAGAGCACCAUGCUAACAAGAAAUGCACUACCAAAACCAGGACUUUCAAGAGCAGGACCAACCCUCAUAAGCACCAUUACCAGCACCCAUUGUUGCAAUACUCAAGUCACUUUGGGUUCUUUAACCAAAACCAGUUCCAAAGUUACUCUUGUUACCCUGCUUUGCUUCCCUUACCUCCUCCAAUGCCCUUGCAGCUAGCUUUAACUCCACCUCUCUCUCAAAACCAAACCUUUCAAACAAAAACCCAUUUGCAGAAACUAUCGUGUAAGGUUAAUGAUCCUACUCUUGCCACCUCCUCUGUCUCUGAUACCCAAGUCCCGGUCGUAACAAUUACACAAGCUCCAGAGGGGCUUCAAGGGAGAAAAGGUUUACCAUUUAAAGGAAGCAAUGGAGGAAAGAUCAUGAGUACUACAAAGCAAGCACUAGUAGCUGCAAGGAGACCAGAUUCUGUUGGUGUAGAAGGGCCAGUAAUCUCUCUGCUUGCCAACCAUUUUCUAGUUAAAUUUGAUCCCUCUCUAAAAAUUUACCAUUAUAAUGUUGAAAUAUCUCCUAAUCCCUCCAAGGAGGUUGCUAGAAUGAUCAAACAGAAACUGGUAGAAAGCAACUCAGGGUUGCUCUCUGGUGCUCAUCCAGCAUAUGAUGGCAGAAAGAAUUUUUACAGCCCUGUUGAAUUUCAAAAUGAUAAGCUUGAGUUCUUUAUCAGUCUCCCAAUACCCACCACCAAGUCAAGUUUGCCUUUUGGGGAAUUGAAUGGCUUUCAACCGAAGCAGCAUCAGCUUAAAGUAUUUCGAGUUAAUAUCAGACAUGUUUCCAAGUUUGAUGGAAAGGAUUUGAGCAGUUACUUGAGCAAGGAAGGUGGUGAUUGGAUCCCACUCCCUCAAGAUUAUCUCCAUGCCUUGGAUGUUGUUCUUAGGGAGAGUCCAAUGGAGAAGUGUAUAUCUGUAGGGAGGUCAUUUUAUUCAAGUUCAAUGGGAGGUACUAAGGAAAUUGGAGGAGGAGCUAUUGGAUGGAGGGGUUUCUUUCAGAGCCUUCGACCAACACAACAAGGACUGGCUCUCAAUGUCGAUUUCUCCAUCACUGCCUUCCACGAGAGUAUUGGAGUAAUCCCUUACUUGCAGAAGCGGCUCAACUUUCUUCGAGAUCUUUCUCAAAGGAAGACAAGGGCUCUGAGUGAUGAAGAAAGGAAAGAAGUGGAGAAGGCAUUGAGGAAUAUCAGAGUUUUCGUUUGCCAUAGAGAAACAGUUCAAAGAUACAGAGUUUAUGGCUUAACUGAAGAUGCUACAGAAAAUCUUUACUUCGCAGACAGGGAUGGGAAGAAUUUGAGGCUUGUUAAUUACUUUAAGGAUCACUACAAUUACGAUAUACAGUUCCGGAAUUUGCCAUGCUUGCAGAUCAGUAGGAGCAAACCCUGCUAUCUUCCUAUGGAGCUUUGUGUGAUUUGCGAAGGCCAGAAAUUUCUUGGAAAGCUUUCAGAUGAUCAGACUGCAAGAAUUCUUAAAAUGGGCUGCCAGAGGCCAAAAGAACGUAAAGCCAUAAUUGAUGGAAUCAUGAGAGGACCUGUAGGGCCUACAAGUGGCAACCAGGCAGGAGAAUUCAAACUCCAUGUUUCCAGAGAAAUGACUCGGUUGAAUGGGAGAAUUCUUCAACCUCCCAAGCUUAAGCUUGGUGAUGGUGGACACAUAAGAGAUAUUACUCCUUCCCGCCCCGAUAGGCAGUGGAAUCUUCUGGAAAGCCAUGUCUUUGAGGGAACACGAAUAGAAAAGUGGGCACUUAUAAGUUUUGGGGGCACACCUGAUCAGAAGUCCAACAUUCCUAAAUUCAUAAACCAGCUAUCUCAAAGGUGUGAGCAGCUGGGUAUCUUUCUUAACAAAAGCACAAUUGUUAGUCCCUACUUUGAAUCAACACAAGUGCUUAAUAAUGUGACUCUUUUGGAAUCAAAACUUAAGAAAAUCCACAGAGAUGCAUCAAACAAUCUCCAGCUGCUCAUAUGUAUCAUGGAGAAAAAGCACAAAGGGUAUGCAGAUUUAAAGCGAAUAGCAGAGACAAGUGUUGGAGUUGUGAGCCAGUGCUGCUUGUACCCGAACCUUGGGAAAUUAAGUUCACAAUUUCUUGCAAAUUUAGCCCUAAAGAUCAAUGCCAAAGUUGGUGGUUGCACGGUUGCUUUGUACAAUUCAUUACCUUCUCAGAUUCCACGUCUUCUCCGGCCUGAUGAACCUGUGAUCUUUAUGGGUGCUGAUGUGACUCAUCCUCAUCCGCUUGAUGAUUUCAGCCCAUCUGUUGCUGCUGUCGUUGGUAGCAUGAACUGGCCUGCAGCAAACAAGUAUGUAUCUAGAAUGAGAUCUCAAACACAUAGACAGGAAAUCAUUCAGGAUCUUGCUGCAAUGGUUGGGGAAUUAUUGGAUGACUUCUACCAAGAAGUGAACAAACUGCCCAAGAGAAUAAUCUUCUUCAGAGAUGGCGUAAGUGAAACUCAAUUCUAUAAGCUGCUUAAAGAGGAAUUACAAGCUGUUAGAGAAGCUUGUGCAAAAUUCCCAGGUUACAAACCUCCCAUUACUUUUGCUGUAGUUCAGAAGAGGCAUCAUACAAGGUUGUUUCCGUUUGAAAUGGAUCCUUCUUCCACUCAAAACCAACUUUUCGGUGACAAUAUUCCCCCAGGGACCGUGGUGGAUACUGUGAUAACUCAUCCAAGGGAAUUCGAUUUCUAUCUUUGUAGUCAUUGGGGGGUGAAGGGUACUAGCCGCCCAACCCAUUACCAUGUCUUGUGGGAUGAGAACCAAUUCACUUCGGAUGAACUGCAGAAGCUGGUUUACAAUCUAUGCUACACGUUUGUAAGGUGCACCAAGCCAGUUUCUUUGGUGCCGCCUGCUUACUAUGCCCACCUGGCUGCAUAUAGAGGCAGGCUUUACCUCGAGCGAUCAGAAUCUGUAGCUUUUAUGAGAAGUUCUUCCACAAUCUCUCGUGCAGCUCCUCCAAAGACAACACCUCUACCGAAACUAAGUGAGAAUGUUAAGAAGCUCAUGUUUUACUGCUAACCUGUCACUGGCUCUCCUUGCAUGCCAAGAAUUCUUGAAUUAUAGGAUCUUCAUACUGCAUAAAUGUAUUCCUCACAGUCACAUAUGUAGUGCAGUGCAGUACAUGAAAGUCUAAAAUCACUUUAGCCAGCCAGUUUCCAUGAUUACAACUUGUAGGUAGGUAAGGCUCCAAGAAUCAAGAAUAUAUUUCAUAAUGGCCUAAUUUGAUCCUGCUGCAUGUUGUACAUCCUCAUAGCAACCAAGUGACAAAUCUUAAAUUUCAUUGUAAA